AUGGAUGAAUCUAGAAUGUUGUCCCCCUCUGGUUCAAUCGGCUCCGACAAAAUCAGUCCAACUCUAUUUCCUAAGAAUAGUGAAGAUUCAACUAAAGACACGUCUCCAGGUUCUCAAGCUGUGGCUUCGGAAAGUAGACACUCAGAUGAUUACAGAUAUCUAGGCCUCCGACCUCGGUCUGAUUCGAAACAAGAUUCGAACUCGAGUGCCUUGCACAGCAGCUUCCGCCCGGAUCCAGAGAAGACUGUACCCAUCACACAAAGGAUUGUGAACGGCAGUAGCAAGAAUCCUUACACUGGACAAGUUACAAACUAUACCUAUAUCGAGUACAAGUCGAAUACAACACCCAUCAAGGGCUUCAGCUGUCAACGAGCACCUGAGCAAAUUGAACUUCCUGCUUCAAAGCCAAAGGAACCAGUAGAACUGUGGAAGAUUUUCCCUCCACCGUCAAAUGCUGCCUACAUGGGAAUGGAAAAAGUCGAGGAGGACUACGAUCCUCAACAAUAUGAUGCUUUUGAUGCUGCUCUUGAUGGAGCUGAACUAGCUAUCAAGAAUACACCUUCUCCUCAAAAGUCUGCGCUUGCUGGAGCUACUAGGCAUACUAGGCGAAGACUGUCGGUUGGUGGUAUUGUAGCCACGAGAAUGGAUUUUACACAAAAGGCAUGGGUAGAAUUUGACCCUUCAGUUAUUGGUGAGAUCUACAGCGAAGACGAACAAAAAGCCGACUUCAUCAGAAAUUUGGACGAAGGAGCCCAAAUCGAAUACUGCAAAAAGUGCAAAGAGCGCCACAUCCCGCCCGGCUCUACCCUCACACUAGCAGAGCGAGACACCUGUGGAGCAUACCUACCCGAAUGGUUUCCAACCAAGGGAAUCCAUAAACCAUGGACAAGCUUCACCGAAAUGAUCAAUCACUGGGUCCGUCUCACUGAGAUCGACCAAGGAUAUAACCACAAAGAGAAUCCGGAUCGUCACCUCUGGAAUCUAGAGUUUCACGAAAAUGACGACAAAUGGAAACAGGUAGGACGAACCAAGGGACACGGAGGCUGGUGGAGAUGUAGAAAUGGACUCCGUGCUACGUAUGCGGAGAGAUCGUGUCGGGCGUGCACAUCUAAAGAUGCUAUCUAUAGGGACCAUGAAGUGCAAGUUCAGAAACUCAAACCGAGCGCCUUACACAGUAAACAGAAUAUCGAAAAUUGGAUUGCGAAGAUGGUUAAGGAGGGUGGAAGGAGAGAUAAAGAGCUCGUGUUGGCUAUGUGGCGUACGAAUGGUAUUCCGAUGCAUUAUGGCCCGAGGAUUUUGAGAAAUGUCGAUAAAUGA